AUGUUGUCAAAGAAAAUUUUGACACUAGUCUCUAUUUUGACGUGUUCAUUACUUUUCUUAUUUCCGUUCACGUCUAUAUCAUCCCCUACCUUAUUAAACAAAAGUGAAUUUAAAAAAAAGGUUGAAAAAGGAAUCGAAAGAAAUGUUAUAAAAGGAUUUGAAAGUAAAGAUGAAAAAGAAGUUGAAAGAAUUUAUAAUCUUACCAUUAGUAAAGGUGAUUUUGCUCCUGAUGGUUUCAAACGACAAAUCUAUCUCAUAAAUGGUGGAUUUCCAGGUCCUCUCAUGGAGGCUAAUUGUGGUGAUACCAUAGUUAUCAAUGUUGAAAAUAAAUUAAAUGAGGAUACAACUAUUCAUUCUCAUGGAAUCUACCAACGCGGAACUCCUUGGUUUGAUGGUGUUCCUGGACAAUCCCAAUGUAGUAUUCCAGCACAUGAUAAGUUCACCUACAAAUUUAAAGUGGAUCAAAGCGGAACUUACUGGUACCAUUCACAUUCAAGAGCUCAAUAUAUUGAAGGAAUGAUUGGUGCCCUUGUAAUUCAUGAUCCGAAAGAUCCUUAUAAAAAUGAAUAUGAUGAAGAAAUUAUUGUCAUACUCCAAGAUUGGUAUCAUAACGAUUCUACAACCUUGUUAGCUACAUUCUUGACACCCGAAAGUCAAGGAAAUGAACCAGUACCUGAUAAUGGUUUGAUUAAUGGAAAGAAUUCCUAUAAUUGUUCGUGGGCACCCAAAGGUUACAAUUGCGUAAAUAAUGCUCCAUUAUCAAAAUUCAAAUUUGUUUAUGGAAAGAAAUAUAGAAUUAGAAUUAUUAAUGCAAGUGCCUUUUCUGCUUUCAUUUUCUCAAUUGAUGGCCAUCCUAUGGACGUUAUUGAAGUAGAAGGGAUGAUGACCAAGCGUCAUACAAUCCACCGCCUCCCAAUUAAUAUAGCACAACGUUAUUCGGUUAUUGUGACUGCUAACAAACCUAAGAAUUCAUAUUGGAUGCGUGCAGAAAUGGAAACUGCUUGUUUUGCCACUCAGUCAGAUACACUUAAUCCUCUUGUAAAAGCUAUUGUUGAAUAUGAUGGCUGUACUAACGAUGUACCAACGUCAACUGCUUGGUCAGAUAAUAUUGAAACUUGUAUAGAUUUAGAUGCUUCGGAUUUAAAACCUUAUGUAAAACAAAAGAUUCCAGAUUGUGACUAUAAAUUAAAUGUAACGAUUAAUUUCCAACCAGACGCAUCAAACGUCACAUUAGGAUAUAUAAACAAUUCUACUUAUGUGAUUGAUACAAAAUAUCCUACGCUUAAAAAAAUAUAUGAUGAUGUAAAGACAUUUGCUCCUGAUCAAAAUGUCUUCUUAAUUAACUCCGCUAAAGUCCACGGUCACGUUUUUUGGAUACUUGGUAUAGGUAAAAACGGCACAACUCUUAAUUAUAGUAAAUUAAACACCUAUGAUCCGAUCCAACGUGAUACUUCAACUGUUCCUGCUGGAGGAUGGGCUGUUUUCCGAUUUGUAGCAGAUAAUCCUGGAUGGCAUGUACAAUCAGGAUUGGUUUCACAGUUUGUCGUAUCACCGGAUAAAAUUAAAAAAUUAUCACCACCAGAAGAGUGGAAAGAAAAAUGUAAAUAA